AUGCGCUACUCCGCUACCACCGCUGCAUUCGUCGCCUCCGCACUCAUGCUUGCGCUCGCCCCCCAGGCAGCGCAGGCCGGGGUCACGGCGUUCAGCACCGGCACCUGCGGCGGCGACGUUGGGCUGGACGUCCCCUGCGACGGUUCGUGCCACGCGUUCGACAACCGGCACUCUUUCCGCGUCGACGGCGGGUCAGGCAACCAUUGCGUGACAAUGUUCGAGGACCCCGGCUGUCCUGCCGGCGCCGAGGGCCGCAUGUUCACCUUCACGAACCAGGAUGGCGGAUGCCAGGGGGUGAACACCGGCACGAACAUUGUCUCGUUCCUCUGCUCUCCGAGCAACAUUUGCGAGGUCUGA